GAAGCGAGUAAAUACACACAAAACUAAAACUGAAGUAGGUUGUGGAUCGAUGCUGCAACGAUUUCAAAAUAAGUUGAGAAAACAGUUCUGCGAAUGACGUCUCAAAGAUGGAUUAAAUGACGGACAAGGUGUUACUGAAGAAUACGUCCACAGUGAUGUGAUUUGGGAGUAAGCGUAACAAUCACCUGUCUUUGUGUAACCUGACCAACUCACCAGUAAUGCCGAGAGUUGGUCCCAAUAAAAGCAUGGUCCAACAGCAGAUUGACUCCAACCUGCUGCGGCAGGCAUCCGCGAAAUCCCUCAAAGUCGGCAUAACACAAUUUGAGAUUCAUCGAAACAAAGUACCCAAAAAAGUGAAAUUAUUGGAUGUUAAAUUAUCUUUUUCCUAUCAAGAAGAUUUUACCACAAAGACUGAGCGUCUCGAAAGACAGCUUGUUCGCCAUGGAAAGAAAUGGACAUGGCAGCCAACGGAUGGUGACAAAAGCAUCCUGACAUUUUCGUACGCACCUGGAGAUCGGGUGAACCUUAAUUUCGGACUCAUUGUGCAUAAAACAAAGAGAAUGGGUGUGUUUAGUAGUGAGACCCUCACUACACAGGUAGGGAAUGUUACUGAGUGUAUAGUUCUGGCCAAGAACAGCGGAGUCGGGGUAGCACUUCCUAUCAAUACCACAAUCCACCACCAUUUUCGUCUUAACUUCAAUCUUGGAGGCUAUGGCCACCACAUGACUGUAAAAAUGAGGUUGGAACAGUUGGGGGAGACAAAAGCAAAUCCAUCACUUUGGCUACGACCAUGUUCGAUGGAGAAACCUUUCCGAAGUGCUGGUUCCCUUCUGUCAAUCCUAAAGGAUUCUGAUAGCUUUCCACCUCGACAAAAAGUAAUCGAUGAAGAGAAUGCGAAGAGCUACAUCUGUUCUAACCAAAGAUUGGUCAACAGUAACAGGUCAGCAGUAUUGGAAUGCUGGUCAGUUCGACCAUGUCUUAGUGAGUCUGACAUUCCGUCUGGUAUCCAGAUCCGACAAGUGGCUACCAACAAACCAGUAGCAUGUCUUAUUCCUGUUGUCGAGAACAUCAGCGGCACAAAUGAUGGAUCAGUGAACCAGAGACACCUGAAGCUGUCGAUUUUGGUCAUGUGUCCAGAGGGUCCAUAUUGCCUGUGUUCAACCAAGUGGAGAAGUCCAGACAAGUUUGACUUCAAACUUCACUACUACGGUGAUGAUGAGACGUGGGGUCAGCGCAUCAAGUGGGCAGCACGAGACUUCCUGGAUAUUGACCAUAUCAUAAUGAACAGUACUGGCCAUCAGUACUACUUCAAACACGACACAAAAACACCUCUUCAGGACCUAUGUAUCGGGCUCUGUGUCAAAUACCUGGUCCGAUGGAAUGAUGAAACUUUGCCAUGGAAACGUGAAGGUUCACGACCUCUUUCACUACAUGACCUUGAACCCGACCUUAGUUUUGGUUAUAAUAGCUCUGAAUCCCUUCCAAACAAAUCAUGUGCUGCAAAUCCACUGGAAUGUCACAUGGAAUCUCUUCCUUCAUUUUUAGAAUCUCAGAACUUGGCUCUGUUUUACGAAAUUGAGUCCAAAGUGUCCGUUACCAAGGUGAUAGGAUUACAGAACGAUACUGCUAAGUCACGUUUAGCACGUAAGGGAAGUGGCAGUAGUUAUGGAAGUUUCCAUGGUGGUGGUGACCGCUACAUCAAGAAUGAGAAAAGACGGAGCAUCAAGAAAAAGAGUGCAAUAGAAAGUAAAAUUGACAGUGAUGGAGAUGACUUUACUUCAGGGUUUGUUGAUGAUUUCGCAGGGUGUUCAGAAACACGAACUGGCUCCUACAUCGAGUCAUACAUUGAUUGACACAGAACAUGUAUAUAUAUAUAAUGUGCACAGUGAACUUACACAGCUGAUCCAAUAUGAGAGGAUCCUCAUGUGCUCGUUAUUAUCACCCAUACCAUUACUCCCAUUCAUCAUCAUAGUAAUAUAGAACAUCUAUAAUAUAUUGAUUUACAAAUCUGUAUUGGUAAUACGCCAGUUUUAUAUUCUACCAUUUAGAAAUGAAAGUCUUUUAUAGACACGCAAAUGAUGGUUGUAUUGACUAAAUAGGUUUAAGACCAUUUUCUUUUGUCCAUUUACUUACGACCUUGACCUUAUAUGCUGUACAGUUUGGUGUACAGUAUUUUUCCUGUGAUAAUUAAUCUUGGGAUUAUUUAAUAAUUUUACAAAUGAGAACCAGUUUGAUAGUGAAAUUUUAACUCUGUGUGUUAAAAAUGUCGAGACCAAUGUAGUUUUGUUUAAUACCCAUUAACUGUGGUAAUGGACAGAAUGGAUUUCAUACAGUGCUAUAUUUUUAUGUUUUAUUGAGAAAAUUAUACAAUUUUGGGCAGUGAUAUCUGUACAUAAACAAACACUCUUCUGUCAAUAUCACAGUCAUCCACUUUGGGUUUUAAUUUCGUGAAAAUCUAACAUCUGCCGCUGGGCCUAGGCCAUGCAGUGACUAACAAUCACUUUAGGUUGAUAAUAAACAGAAAUUAAUAAAAAGCAACAUGAAAUAAUUUGAACCAAUUACUGGUAAUAGAUUAUGAAUGGUGUAAACAAUUAAUUCUCCAUUAUAAUCAACCAUAUCAUAUUAACACUAAAAGAUUGUAGUUCAAAAGGACUAGAGCUCUAUUUUAUAGAGCUGAAGCAGCAGAUGUGUAGAUUCUGUAAAUUUUACAUGAAAAUUCAAUUUGAGUCCAUUUUGUGCCUGCGCCACUUGUUGUCAGUUUAAACAGAUUUGAGACUGUUUCUAUGUAUUUUCAUGUGGUAAUUUGUAUUUACCUGGUGUGCGACAGACAAGCAUGUCAAACAAGAGGUCCCAUUAUGUGCAUGAUGUUUGUCCUGGUAGGAUCUACAAACACAAAAAAACACAAUAUACUUUUUAGCAAUUAAUCAACAUUUUACAACAAAUGCAAUCUUCAGCAGAUUUUAAAUGAAGCAAUAAUUCAUGAAUUAUAUCUGUGUAUGAUAUUAAAACACAACACGUUAUGAUAAUACUGAGUUGUGGCCACGCGGUUACGACGGUCACCUGUAAAUACACGUGAUAAAUGUAUGUUACAUGUUUUAGCUGCAAUGUUGUCUCAUUAAGGAGAUGUGUAUAUAUACUGACUUAGCCAUGCUUUUAGCAUUUAAAAGAUAAUCAGACCAAUGUGAUAACUAGUUUCAGUGCAUAUCCUUUUAGCAAUAUCUGUUUUGUUUCCAAAGUGAACAACAUUUUUGAGGGGAAGCUCGAGUUGACUGGUCAUAGUGUUAACAAGCUUAAGGGGUAGCAUAAAAUAUAGGUACCACUCUUGAAACUUAAUUUUAAUAAUUCAGAUAUAUUAAUUCAGUUGUUCUAUUUUUAUAUUUACUGGCAAUCUUUAUAGCAAAUUAAAGACAAUAUUUGAAUAAUUUAUAGUGGACACUGAAUAUAUAAUUUAUGUUUAUGUAAUGGAAACCAUGCUUUGAUGUUGGGAUGUGAAUUGCUGAGCUGUCCUAGGAGGUAUAUAUAUACCAAGUAGAUUGUAUAACUUAUGUGGCCCUGAGCUGACACAUUGAUGCAUGGUGUAAUUUAUAUAAACGUACAUCAGUGUAUCCAUAAACGGUUUGUACCGUUAAAAAUAGCUCUCAGAUGUCCACAACUGAAAACAUAGACCUAGGUCUAAAGUAAUGCUGUAUUUUUUCUCUUUUCUACCUACAAGUGAAUGUAAAACACAAUUGCCUUAUUGAAACAAAUUGUCCAUAAAAUUUCAAAAAAAAAAAAUUUAGCUUUUAUAUUUUUUGUACUGGUGAAAAAAAUAGAGAUUAGUCAACAGAGGAUUAAUUAUUUAUUGUGAUUGAGGUAUACUGAAUGUUAAUAUGUCUAUGUUAUAUAAACAUGUGUAUCACUGUUAAAUGUUAUUACUUACAUCAUUGAAGUCAGUAUUUUUAUAUAUCAUCCUGGCUGUUUCAUGAAACCUCAAACACGUGUUCAUAUUGUUCAAAAUUAUUAUUACACAAAAACCUGCUGUUGAAAUUUAGAUAAUGAAUUUUAUUUUCAAACCUGGUUAUUUGUAUGAAUAACUCUAUUAUUUGUCCAUGUUAUUUAAUUGAAUUAUCCAUUCUUGACAGAUUUUUUGUGGUGUCUCAUCUUUCAAUGUCUGUGAUAUGUGUAAAAGAAAAUCAGAAAUAUUUCAUACACAGUAUAUACAGUUUUAGACAUUUAUUAAAAGGUCAAAAGGUAUAUGAAUGUAUGAAAUUCAGUCUCUGACCUUUUAAUUACAUACCCUGUGUGUAUGACUGUUGACAUACAACCAGCACUUUCGUAUUGAAAUACUCACAUACUGUUACAGUAUUAAAGUAUAAUACUGUGUAUGAAAUAUGUCUGUUGUACACUGUUGGUAUAAUUUGUUUUCCUUGUAUAAGGUACAAAUGAAAUGGAUAUCAUAUUUCGGGAGUCACCUACAAAUAAAUCUGUCAUAAACAAUGGAUUCGUGUUAAAACUUUAUAUGAACAAAAAUAAAAAGUGUAUAUUCUUAAAACA